AGGCUGGCAAACGGCUAAACCACUGAACUUCUACUAAAUAAUCCCAAGACAUUCAACAAGAGCCAACUCGAGCACUACACAUAGCAGUUGUACACUUUAAGUUUGUUUGAGCCUUUGGAGUUUGAUCCUCUGUACUCACUCCCCUCUCAUACACCAUGGCUUCAACAACACGGACUCAGGUUCCUAAGUCUACCCCUCUGGUUUGCUCAGGACACACACGACCGAUCCCAUCGAUAUCAUUCUCGAGUCUCCAGCCGGAUGGACAAUACAUGAUUAUUUCUGCUUGCAAAGAUGGUAAACCUAUGUUACGAGACUGGAUGGGUGAUUGGAUUGGAACGUUUCUGGGUCACAAGGGUGCCGUUUGGUCGGCGAAAUUGAAUCAAGACGCGAGUCUAGCAGUAACCGGAUCGGCAGACUUCUCUGCCAAGGUAUGGGAUACGUUCAGCGGCGAUGUAGUACACACAUUCCAGCACGAUCACAUCGUCAGGGCAGUUGACAUCAGUCCGAGUGGUUCACAUAUCUUCACGGGAGGGAUGGAGAAGAAGCUACGACGUUACGACCUUUCACGACCGGAGGAGCAGCCAGAUGAAUUCAUUGCGCCUGGCUCGACGACAGCACACGAGGGGAUGAUCAAGAGUGUGAUUUGGGAUGAGCCCCACCGAUUGAUCAUCAGUGCUGGGGACGAUAAGCGGAUACGUUGGUGGGAUGCACGGCAGGGUGGAGGCAGCUCGGGUAGCUUUGUCUCCGAGUUGGAGUUUCCAGAUGGCUUGUUGAGCGUCGAACGGAGCUUUGGAAGCGACUGGCUCUCCGUAGGAUCGGGCAAGAAGGCCAUGUUCUUGGAUACCGACACUCGAGAGAUCAUCUUCCAACACGUCCUCACUUAUCCCGUUUCCUCUUGCUCUCUCGCCCCUCGGACUCGCGAUCGAUUUGUUACUGGAAGCUCCAACGAUGGCUGGGUUCGAGUCUAUGAUGCAAUCUCAGGUGAAAUGAAAGAAGAAAAUAAAGGUCAUCAUGGUCCAGUACAUUCUAUUGCUUUUUCACCUGAUGGAGAGCUAUAUGCUUCAGGCUCUGAAGAUGGUACCAUCAGAUUAUGGCAAACGACACCGAAGAACUAUGGGCUAUGGAGGUAUGAUGCUUAGCAUUGCGCGAAUUGCCCACAAAAACGCUUAAAACACAAAUCAACUUUAUAUUUCCAUCUCAAAUCAGACCUUCAACUUGUCCUUUUCUUUUCUUUUCAUCUCCUCUUCCCUGUUUCUCUUUUUUCCCUUCUUUUUACAUAUGGAAACUUGCAGCCUUUGUUUUGUUUUUAUUUAUCUUUUUCCUUUUUUGAGGCUGUGAAUAAGCGGUGCAACAUCAUGAGAGGAAUCAUAGGAGCACGCCUACCGAAAGAAAACAUUUUCUGAUUUUUUUUGUUCUCUCUCUGCCCUGUUCUGCAUCACUUUUGCAUACCGAUUUCAAGAGAUCCUUUUUGGCUGUUGAAAU